AUGAUGGAUCUCACCAGUCUGUCACGGCCCGUCAUUCUGGGACAAUGUUCCCGAUGCUCCAGCUCAUUAGCAGUGCUGGAGAAUGAAUGGGCAACGCUGUCAAAUGCCUAUUCUAUUCCGACGGCAUGGCUGAGCGUCAACUUCAACCGUGUCUCCAUUUCACCGGAGAGAAAACAAAUUCCACAAACACCAGAAUUCCAUCUCCUACGUGGACGCACUACCCAGGAAGUAACGUGCAAACUUUGUCAACAGAAACUCGGCGCUCUAUGCACUCUAGAUAACGGCCCCAACAUCUUCUGGAAGAUGUCCAGGGUUGCUUUUAGGGAAGUCGUGACCAUGCGAACCGCCGACCCCAUUGUCAAAGAUGGUGCCCUUGAAAAAUUCCUCUGCCCGACCCCUCCAGAACCCGCUCGACGAGAUCGCACUUCUGUCCAUGAAGCCGCAUUGGUCCCCACCGGCACAUCUGGUCUAUCCAAAGAUCCCGUUUUGCAGCGACAGAUGCAACACCAGGGACGAAGUAUUGAUCAAAUUUCCAGCUCAGUGAACCACCUGCAGGAUACUAUGACAGACCUUAAACAUUCCUUUACUUCGCUCCGCAUUGAACUCCAGGGGCCUAGCCAUCACCUUUCAGAAAACGGAAACCUAAACAGCCAGGGCUUUGAUAUGGUUGCUACUGUGCUAAAGGAGUUGAAGUCAAAGUCAGAUGAAAUCGAAAAACUAAAGCUGGAGAUUGAGGCAUUGAAGCUCAGAAAUCGGUUCAUUGAGGAGCGCAGGCCAAGCAACCCUGAUUAUUUGUCCACAAGAAACGAUCCGUUGCCCGAGGUUCAAAGCCCCGGUUUGCUCCAGGCAGGAAGGAAACGUGCUUGGCCCGACGCCUUUUCAAAUGGGCGCGCUCACACGGUUGCAGACUCUUUCGGCGAAGAAGAUAUGAUUGAUGAUAUGACUUUGGAAACCCAACCGUCGUACUUGAUUAGCCUUCCUAUCAAAGACUCGCAUAGGAUCACCAAUGGCGAGACUCAGGAUCAAUCGUCUUCUGGAUCUUCAAACGUCCGCGAUGAGAAUCAUGAGCGGCACUUAAGGGCCGCUGUUGACAACCAAGGACCAGCAUUUUCACAGCAGAGUCCGACCAAACGGCUCAGAGUGACCCAAUCAUCUAUAGAUCUGUCUCGAUCACAAUACAAUUCUGAGAAAAAGCGUCCGGGCCGGCCGAGAAAGUCUGUCAACACGACUAUCAAACCCAACAUCCCCCAAACAUCAAACACUUCUCCAGGAGGCUCGGAGGCGGCCGAGUCCAGCUCAUCUAUUCAAGUCCCCGCGGCUCUUUCUAGUCCACAAAAACAAUCUAACCGUGGUCGUCCUCGACGCACAACUCGAUCACGAUCUAUGGGCCCGGUAGAACUUAAGCGUUCUGCACCAAGCGAGACAGACGUUUCGGUUCAAGAAGCUAUGGAAGGAAAUGUCAACGGCCAGUCGAUCGUUUUUAAAGAUGGUGAGGUAACAAAUGGGGGUGGUGAUAGUGGCGGCAUCAGCAUCGAGGGCUCUGCGGCUAUGGCAGAAGAACAGCGUAAAGCCAAGGUUGCGGCGCGGGACGUCAUGACUCGAAUGGCUAUGCAGCGCGAAGAAGUUAUGGAAACCGAUGAGUCUCGGUGA